AUGGUAGGGCGAUACUAUUUUGUCAUAUGUGGACCACACGAUGAAGCUCUGUUUGAUUUAGACUACAACUCACCGAGCAAAGCGACUGGUGGAAAGACAGACGACUGUCUUCAUUUAAACCAAUUUAUUGCGCAUGCUGCGUUGGAUUUAGUGGAUGACCAUGUAUGGACUAAAACAGAUACUUAUUUGAAAGUUGUAGACAAGUUCAACGAAUGGAUGGUUUCGGCGUUUGUGACGCCUGGAAGACUCCGAUUCAUCUUACUUCAUGAUGAAUCAAAUGAAAACCGUAUUAAGUACUUUUUUCAAGACACAUAUGAAGCAUACAUAAAGCUGGCGUUAAAUCCCUUUUUUGAACGUGAUAAACCAAUAACUUCUCCCAGCUUCACCAAACGGGUGCAACGAAUUGCUAAUAAACACUUUGGUUGA